AUGGAGUGGUCAGCGAGGCGCUUGCUCGCCGUCGCUGCGUCUGCAGGCAUCCUCUCUAUGCUCAUGCUCCGGAGCAGUGCGGCCAUGGCAGCGCCGCUUCCAGUGCGAGUCGGCGUGGUGCUGGACCUCACCAGCGACGCCGGGAGGAGGAGCCUCACCUGCAUUUCCAUGGCCCUUGAAGACUUCUACCUCAAGCACCCGAGCUACGCCACGCGGGUGGAGCUGCGCUUCAGGGAUUCGCGCGGAGACAUUGUCAGCGCCGCAUACGCUGGCUACUUCUGGUAUUGUCUAGCACGCUCAUGUAGGAGUACGUAG